CAUCGGUGUCAGAGCGCUUUCAGACUGGAGGGAGUCGGACCGAACGAGCUACCGGGGUUCCCAAAUAACGGGAACAUAGAGACAGACACACAGACGGAUGGCGGGACAGAGCCAAAAAAAAGAUACCGCAUAACGGGUACCGUGUUUGUUUUUCGUUAAGCUUUCGUUUUGUAGAGACAGCAGGUUAGUUUGUUUAUUUGUCUAUCGAUUGAUUGCGUUUUAAUUACCGGCCUAUGACAGAGAGAGCGGGGGGAGGAGCGAAAGCCAGGAGGUGUCCCUGCGUAGCCUUACUUAUUUGAUUAUUUAAAUUCAUCAAAUAAUUUAAAUGUAUAUUUUAUCAUGCGAAUGCUGCUUUGUGUGCAUGUUUUCGUGAGCUGACCGAUAGCAAGACGGCUAAUAACCAAAUAUAGAGAACCAAAAAGACAACUUGACUCGCACAGUUGUUAACCUUUUGUAUUCUGACGAAACACCUGCUAUAACAGACUGUGAGAAAUAAUACUUCUUCAUGAAAGUAAAACUGGAGUGACAUUUAUUUACAAGCAUAAACCAAAGCAAAACCGCUCGAGGCAAAGGAGGCCACUACGCGAACAGUCGUGCACCUGUCUUGAUAAGCCAAAUAUUGAAAUAGGCCUACCCUAAAAAUAUUGGAAAUAAUAAACAUUUACACAGUUGAUUUCUAGGCAGUUUUGUAGCUAAAUGCAGGCUUAACUUUGACCAAUGAGAAUAUAGCCUUCCAGCGUUAGAGAGCCACACCAAGACCGCUAUUUACUUCUGGCAAUGACUAAUAUCAACAGAAGCCUAUUUUACAUAUAGCUGGCGUGGUGCAUCCUACUAUCCGUCUGUGUGCUAGUCUGAAGUGAGGACAGUUGUCUGAACUACCAAGGGACCAUAUAUGCACAUCGAUAUGGCAUAAAGACACAAAACCAAAAACAUGUGAUUUUAGCAUAGUCUGGAUAGAAACAUAUACGCCAGCGCAACCAAAUAGGCUACUUAGGCUACGACCAAACACCUUUUGAAACACCGUCUACCUGGAAGGCAUACGAAGACAAGCAACGAAGAACAGAAGACAAGCACGAAUAGAAGAAAACUGCAAAUAAAAACCAAGACGACAGCGGAUCAUGUUUGUUCCCUUGCCGGUGCCGUUCGUCUUUCAGAGAACUGCUUCCGACUUCAGCGCCUGGCGUAUCAAGUCCCCGCUGGCUCUACGCUCCGGCUCGGAUAUCAGGAUGUCAAAACCAGCAGAGGAUGAGAAGCCUGGACCAGACUUUCCAGGGGAGAGCACAGACUCCGAGAGGAACAGUCCCGAUGCCAACGAUCAGGUUCAACCAAUGAAAACAAGCCCCUUCAGUCUUUCUCCUACCUUGAGCGGCACCAAGAGUAAAAGUGAGGCGGGGCCUGAGAUGACCUCCGCCCACGUUCCCGCCCAGCAACAGACAACUCACCCUCACACACAGCUCAUGUUGGCGGGGAGUCAACUGGCAGGGCUGGCUGCCCUAUUGCCUGCGCAGCAGCAGAUGUUGCUUCAGCAAGCCCAGGCCCAGCUCCUAGCUGCUGCCGUGCAGCAGUCCAACGCGGCUCAUGUUGCUCAUGCCGCCCAUGCAGCCGCCCAAGCCAAUCAGCAACAGCAGUCAGCCAAACAGGAACAGAGCGGCCAAGCCCCGCCCCAGCUUGCCCUCUCUCAGCCAAUACAGCUCACCGCCCAGGACAUCCAGCAGUUGCUGCAACUCCAGCAGUUGGUCCUGAUGCCAGGUCACCACCUGCAGUCUCCUCAGUUCCUCCUGCCUCAGGCCCAGGGACAGCAGGGGCAGCAGGGUAAGUGGGACCUUCUAAGUUUGCUGUCAACAUCAAAUUUAAUUCCUCUACCUCAGCAUCAGCAAAGCCAGGGUGGUCUUCUAACCACUCCACCCAGGAUGGGACUGCAAGCACAGCGCCGUCACGGUGAUGGCCUCUCGUCGUUACAGAGGGACAAGAGUGGGGACGCCGGAGUGACCUCCGGGGCCUCAGCCGCUUCCUUGACCUCAGUGACCUGUGGCCCGCAUGGCGAGGAGCCCAGUGACCUGGAGGAGCUGGAGCAGUUUGCCCGCACCUUCAAACAGAGACGCAUCAAACUGGGCUUCACACAAGGUGACGUGGGGAUGGCUAUGGGGAAGCUCUAUGGCAAUGACUUCAGCCAGACCACCAUCUCUCGUUUCGAGGCCCUCAACCUGAGCUUUAAGAACAUGUGCAAGCUCAAGCCUCUGCUUGAGAAGUGGCUGAGCGAUGCAGAGACCAUGGCGAUAGACAGCAUGUUGCCCAGCCCCAGUUCUCUCUCCUCCCCCAUGAUGGGGUUUGAGGGCCUGCCGGGGCGCCGCAGGAAGAAACGCACCAGCAUUGAGACCAACGUCCGCGUGGCCUUAGAGCGCAACUUCAUCUCGAACCAGAAGCCUACCUCAGAGGAGAUCCUCCUGAUGGCUGCGCAGCUCAACAUGGAGAAGGAGGUGAUCCGGGUCUGGUUCUGCAACCGGCGCCAGAAAGAGAAACGCAUCCACCCCUGCAGCGCCACCCCUCCCCUGCCCAGCCAGACAAUUUCUGUGACGCACAAACCCCCCUGCUACAGCCCGCACAUGAUGUCGGGUCAGGGGAUGCCCCAGGCUGCCUCCAGCCUCAGCACAACAGCGACCAGUCCGUCGCUCUCUGUAAGCUGUCCUCUGACCCCCAGUGGCUGUGCAGCCACCAGCUCCGCCUCCUCCGCUGUGACCCCACCUCCACACAGCACAGCCAGCCCUGUCCCUCCCACCCUCAGUGCCCACAGCCUGAACGCUGGCAACACAAUGAUGGGAGUAAGCACAGGGAUGAACCAGACACUCAUCAGCACCAACCCUCUGGCCACAAUGCAAGCUCUGGCUGCCAGUGGUGGGCAACUGCCCAUUUCCAGUCUUGAGGCCGGAGGUCAGAUGAUUCUGGGCGGCCCUGGGGUUCGCCCCUCCCUCUUCCUCAACCGCCCUACCCUUCUGCCUAUGGCAUCCCACCAAGCCGGUAUGGGAUUGGUCGGUGGCCCAAGGGGCCCCUCUCCACCCCCCGGCACCAGCGGCAUGAACGUUGACUCUUGCUCCGCCUCUCCCUGCUCUAGCCCCGCCUCCUUCUGCUCGUUCAGCGAAGCCUCACCGCCACCCAUGGGCGGGGCCAUGGCUGAGUGACGACAACGCAACCCAAAGGAUCCUGUCCGAAGGAGGAGGAGGAGGAGUUUUAGUGGAGCUUUACAGAAAAACCUCGCCUUUCAACCAAAGCCAUCUUUCUCUCCCUCCAUUUGUCGCCUCCGCUCUCUCUCCCGGAGUCUUUUCAAGCCAAAAAAUACACAGAUUGAAAGAGGAAGGAGUGAGCGAGGAAGAAUGGAGAGGAGGAGAGAACAGGAGAACGAGGGAGAUUUAAACCAAAAAAAGGAGCUAUCUAUACACUUGGAGAGGUGGCAUUGUAGAUUGUUUUUGUCAGCAGGGAAUGCUAAUUUACUUCUUUCUCUGGAAUAGAACAAACAAGCUGGAAGAAAACUGGAUGAAAAAGAGGGCAGGGAUGAGAACCGAACUGAGACUGUGUGUGAGAGAUAGUUGGCAUGGCAGGGAAAGUAAGGAAAGAAAGACUUUCCACGUGCUUCAGUGGAUGGAUGGAAAGAAAACCAAAUGAAAAAACCUAGAAAGGAAAGACAUACAAAGACAGAAAUGACAAACAUGCCAAAAUCUCCAAAACCAAAAUACCAAAAACUGAAACCAAAAAAAACGGAGAGAAAAGCUUUACUUAAAAGACUUUUGAUACUGAUCUGUCCAGGAUCAGCCCGUCAUCUACACUCCACGACAAACACAUGUAACAUUUCAUUAUAUUAAGAUCUUUUUAUGUUUUGUUAAUUUUUUCCAACGCUUAUUUAUGUAUUUGUUAAAAUUAUUUGAGUUUUGGUCAUACCAUUUGAACAUGAUUUGAUAUUAACAGAUAUCUCAGUAGUGUCAGUCCUCCUAAAUGUCUCUACCUACCUCUCCAGUCGCUCUCCAGUUUCACCAUAUUUACAGUAUUAAUCCAUGUUGUAUACAUAGUAGUCAUUUACCAGACACUCUUAAUCAGAGCGACUUACAAUUAGCAAUCACCUCAGACAAAUAACAAUUAGUAUUUUGAACAAUCAUAGUUUGUUGAACUUAUUUUUUUUCUUUCAUUAUUUCUUUUAUUUCCUUAAUAGGGUCAUUAUCUUCAACAUCAGUUGAAUCAUUUAGAUUUUAUUGCCUUUUUUGUCUUAUAAUGUUACAUAUAUGGGAACAUUAAAAUGUACUGCCUGUUGCUUCAAGCACACACAAAAACACUCACUACAAACUAAAUUAGAAUGUAUGUAGAUGUGGAACUAAAUUUAUAAUUUCUACCUUUUCUGUAAAUUUCUUUGCCUGUUUCUUUUUUUUACUUUAUAUCAACUUCAUAUCAUUCAUUUUCAGUCAGUCACUCUUGGAUACCAAAGCUUUAUUUUUUUUCCGGCCAGAAGAGUUGGGAAACAAGUGUUCACACAAAGACCUCAACAGUGUCAAAAACCAAACACCCCAUUACAGAGGACGACUACAAAACCAAAAAAAUAGUUACAGCGUCCCCGAGCCCCCUGCCCUCCAUCCUUUCUGGCACUCUCCUUUGCCUCAGAAAGAUGGGAUUCAAAGAAAACCAAUGACUGCCAUUAGGGAUCUAAGGCAAAAAGCGGAUCUGUUGGAAACUGCAGGGGGAAAUAGAGGAGAAAGCUGGAACGAAGGACCAAAACCAAAAAAUAACCUUACCAAACCUACGUAUGAGCGACUGAACUGAACAGAUAACAAACCAAAAACCAAAUACAACACAUCGUGGACAAAGACGAGAUGGAGGAAGAGGACUAGGCUUUGGAGAGAGGGAUGUCUGUAACAGCCUGGGACAGGGGCUCCCUCUUUCCUUCUCACUCUCUACUCCUUUCUCCAUUUGUGAUCUUACUUUGUUCAUCAUUUUCCUGGACAGAGGAUUAUUUAAUGACCUCACUGAACUGAAUUUAAGAAUAUAUAUAUAUAUAUUUUGUUUUUGCUUUCCAUGGUCUGUCUGUUGAUGGCUGUAUGUCGACUUGGUCUCAUUUCUUUCUACUUAACAUGGGGAUAAUGGGGUGAUGUAUUGCCUAUUUUCAUAUCUUGUCCGGGUUCAUUUUGUUGUGCUCUGGCUUUCUCAUUAGGUAGUUGGGAAUAAUACUGUGAAAAUGUAGCUUCCAAAUCUUUCUUUUUGAUCAAGUUGUGAAAAAGCCAAAACUGAAUACCAAAAGCAAAACUUUUUGACACACAAACAUACCAAAUAACAACCAAACCAAUGCACAAUUGUUGGCGAGGAACAGUUGAAUGACUGUGUUGGUGCUAGGUUACUUGGAUGGCUAAAGAGCGUGGCUAGUGGAGAGAGAAUAGUGUGUGUGUGUGUGUGUGUGUGUGUGUAUGUGUGUGUGUGUGUGUGUGUCCGUGUGUGUCCGCAUGUGCCGAUAUGUGCAUGCUUCCAUACAAGCUUGUGCACACACCUACCUGUGUGUGAGAUAAGGACAGUGUGUAUGUGAGAGGGAAAGCAAGUGUGUGGAAAGAGUUAUUCUCUUGCAUAUUAACCAAACCGUAGAGAUUCAGUACACACUGGUCUGCCUAGUUAGUCCCAGGAGAGGGUUCGACAAAGGACCAUCACAAGAUGAGAGGCUCACAGGGGCACCGCUAGGCAGACACGAAAGAAAACCAUGGAUAAUAACGUGUGCAGGGGUGGGCAGAAAUCAACUGAAAAAUUAGUUGACAUACACUUUUAGAGGGAAUGUAUCUGUUAGUGCUUCAAUAGAUUUUGUAGGAAAAAAGAUCUAUGUUCUACUGCUUAAUUAUUGCUAAUGUAUAAAAGGCUGUGAAAUUAUCCUUAAGAAAAGUGUUGAUGAUAAUGAUGACUUGAUUUUAGACCAAAAGCUUUAAACUAUCUCUCUGGGGAUCUUUGUUUGAAGAUUUGUAUUUAUUCAUGUGACGGGAUGAUGUGGGGGGUUUUUGCAAAUGGUUUGUAUUUUAUGAACUCUCAUCUGUUUAUUUAUUGAUUCAUUCAUGUAUGUUAUUUAUUUUUUCUAUUUAUGGAUUCUGACCUUUGUAAUAUCUGGGCUUUGUGAGGUUGUAUAUCAGAGAGAGGUAUUCUUGAGAUAAAAACAAGAAGACAAAAUGCUUUAAAACACAAAGAAAAAGGCCAAGCUUUAAAACAAAAACUGAAACCAAAUGUAAAGACUGUUGUUGUAAUAGGUGUCAUCUUUGAUUCCAUCUGUCAACUGAAACCAGCCCUAUAACUGGAGGAAGAGAGACUUUUGAACUGGUCCAUGAAAUGGGUCCAUUUUAGAGUAAUAACUGCCCCUGAAAUUUCUCCUUUAGUUUCCCUACUUGCACCUGGGAGUGCCAAUUGGAGUUCAAACAUGUCUAGAUGCCUUUAGAUGUUCAUCAUUUCUCCACCUCUUAUUCUUGCUCUCUGAUCCCAUCUUUAAUUCUAAGGCGAGGUUAACAUCAUAAAUACCUCAUAUUAUUUGAUGAAAAACCAAGAACCGUGGUCGUCUUGGCUCAGGAGAGGGAUAAGAUAACCAACCUGGCUAUUGAGAUUGAUGAACUAGACUUUAAAAAGGACCGUUCGUAAGCUGUUUCCUCAGUUUUACAAGUAACUUGUUCUAUGAACUCACUCCUCGGAAGUAGAUACGCCGCUCCUCACUCUCUUUCGGUGAGUUCCGUUUCUGUUGGCAGUGCUGUUUCUGACAGUGUUUCCUGAGAAAGUGUGUGUGCGGGAUCUUAACAUGCUGUACAGUAAGUGUGCCUGUGUAGUGCUCUCACGCGGUGGACCGAGAAUGAUACCAAAGUUAAACCACUACAGUGAGACCCUACACACACAAAACACACACGAAUACACACAAACACAUCCAGAGUCACACACAGAUUCUCUCUCACACACACAGUUAAUCCAUGUGUAUAUAAACAUGCAGGAGUCUUUGUAAAGACUGUAAAUGCUACAUAAUGGUAUUUACCAACGUUCAUUGAUAUCAAAAGACAAAUGUCUUCAAGAGCACUUAAUGCUAUGAAGUAAUGCGCCUUGAAUUGUGACAGUUUUAUACAGUAGUUAUAACUGGCUAUGAAUGUUUAUGUUUAUUAUGUGCUUAUUAAGAAUAUCCUCAACUUACAGGUCUCCAUGAAAUUAAGAGAUUUCUUUGGCCUUGAAAACACAUGUCUGAAUGUCACAUCAAAUCCAAGUGGAUAUCGAAAAGAGAGAACAUAGUCAAUUAGCCCCAUAAGUUUUGUUAAUUUUUUUAACAUAGUUUUUUCUUCAAUACAGCUUAAAUCCAAAGGUAAUUUAAUGAAGACGGCAAAGAAAGAUUUUACUAAUGAAAACCUCAAUAGUGAAAACCAAAGAGCUCCACCACACUUUUUUUCCUUUUACACGUUGGAAAAAAACGCUUAGCAUUUUUCUUUUUGACGGUAAAAAAAAACCUCCAACAGUUCUCUUUAAUACGAAUGUUUGAUGAUGAUAACUUCAAUGACGAUGCUGAUGAUAAUAACACUGUAACUCUGUACCUGUUACGACCUAUUUCCUUUCUGUUUGUGAGUAACCUGCUUUUACCUCGAGGCUCUCCGAGUUAGUAAAGCCGUUUUUUGAUUAGUUCCCAACUGUUAAACGGUCCCUUACUCAUCGCUAUCUGUGUGCCUGUUGUUUGGGGGGAGGGGGACAAAUGAAACAGUAAUUGUUAGGAAUAAAGUGCGAAUUUAGACCAA